GCCACGGUCUCCUCGUCAAUCUGGUCUUGGCUUCUGGUUUGAGAUUGUUUACAUUCAGUCAACCAAGUGAGGAACAGAAGUCACCAUCCUGCUGAAAUGGACACCGCCAAUCAGCUUGUAUCCGUGGGGACGUUCCAGGUGCUGAAAUUACCUCUGGGAUUUAUUAGGAUUUUGGAAUUGCUUUUUGCCAUUUUUGCUUUUGCGACAUGUGGGGGCUACUCUGGGCAGCUGCGGGUUAGUGUGGACUGCAUGGAGAAGGCCAGCAGCAACCUCAGCAUCGGCAUCGACUUUGCUUAUCCUUUCAGGUUGUACCAGGUGUCCUUCGAAGCACCCGUGUGUGAGGGCAUGAGGAGGGAACUCGUGUUCCUCAUUGGAGACUAUUCAUCUUCCGCAGAGUUCUUCGUCACCAUUGCUGUCUUUGCCUUCCUGUAUUCUCUGAUGGCGAACAUAGUAUACAUCUUCUUCAAGAAUAAAUACCACGAGAACAAUCGAGCACCGCUCAUUGACUUUGUGGUGACAGUGGUGUUCUCCUUCAUGUGGCUGGUCAGUUCAUCUGCUUGGGCAAAGGCUCUGUCUGAUGUGAAACUGGCCACUGAUCCAGAUGAGGUGCAGCUCCUCAUCUCUGCCUGCAAAGACCAGACCAACAGGUGUGGCUCAGUGCACGGAUCGCGCUGGUCUGGGCUCAACACCUCAGUGGUAUUUGGGUUCCUCAACUUUGUUCUAUGGGCUGGAAAUAUCUGGUUUGUCUUUAAGGAGACUGGUUGGCACAAGGGGGCUUCCAGCUUGGCAGGCGGGGCGUCUGAGAAACAGGCCGGCACCUUUAACCAGGAGCCCUACAACCAGGGAAGCUUUGACCAGACAGGGAGCCAUAGCAUCCAGGGAGACCUCGGCCAGCCAUCUGAGUACAGCCGGGUGGGAGGUCCCACCUCGUACUCCAAUCAAAUGUAG